AUGAAGUCUUUCUGCAUCUCGACACUGGUUGUGGUCUGUUGCAUUCUACGAAGUUGGGCUGCUCCAUCAUAUGGACCCGUUCCAUCCUAUGGCGGCGGUGGUCAUGCCUCCGUCUACACGUAUGCUGCCAAGGCUCCAUCAGCCAAGUGUGGCUCUAGUCUACUGAUAGGAUGUGUCCCACAGGUGGCACAUGCUCCCUGUAGUCCAAGCCAUGGCGGUGGAUAUGGCGGAGGGCACGCCGCUCCUUCCUAUGGCGGACAAAAAGCACCAUCAUAUGGAGGAUACGCAGCACCAUCCUACAGCGCACCGAAGGCUCCAUCGUACGGCGGACAUUCAGCUGCUUCUUACGGCGGACAAAAGGCUCCAUCUUACGGUGGAUACGCCGCUCCAACAUACAGUGAACAAAAGGCUUCUUCUUACGGUGAACCAAAAGCUCCAUCUUACGGUAGCCCCGCGGCUCCCUCGUAUGGCGAACAGAAGGCUCCAUCAUACGGUGAACAGAAGGCCCCAUCGUACGGUGAAAUUGUGGGCGCAGCGCUACAGCCAACGACACGUCGAUCAGUGGUGGCACAGCCGACGACGCGUAGAGCAAUCGUGACGCCGACGACAAGGCGCAUAUCUGGGGCGGAGCAGCCGACGAAGUAG